AUGAUCUCUAUGACCAUCGUAACAACAAGUGGACCUUGGGCGGGUGCUCAAAUCCACAAGUUUGAGCUUUACGACCUCGCUGGCCAUAGCCCAAUCAUCGGAAGUGUCAAGCUCCCAGUGGAAGACUCCGUUCCGGACGAAGACUUCCUCCCAAUUGGGGAGGCCUCUCCCGACGAUGAUCCUAGGUUGGAAAUGCCACCUCCAGCCCGCCCUGAGACGGAAACGCUGCCCCGCAACUUCACUGAACUUUCCGAAGAGUUUAUCCAGCCUCAAGAUGACAGAUCAGAACCGGUUAGACACAAGCGGGCACCAAACCCCAUUACUGACUUUGAGAUGUAUAUGGCAAUGUGGUGUGAGAAGUACUCCAUCCCAGGUGAUGCUUACGCUGGACUUCUUGAGGGAUACAAACUCGUUGAAUCAAUGGAGAAUCUCAUGAAUCUUCCAAAGGACGUGAGAACUGUAAUGGUGUGUGCACCAGAUGUGAGAAUCUAG